AUGCACAAAGUUUUCCCCUCUGACUUUUUCAAUUUCGAGUUCCUGCGUCUCCUUGGCACUGUUCCCUUUCAAGGUGCUGAAGUUGGAGAAUGCCUCACUACUGCUAGUCGCAUCAAAGAUGGCGACCCAGAGAGUUGGUACAAGGCAUGGAGAGAGCAAGCCGAAAAGGCACAGGCUCUGGCUGAGGAAGCUGCUGCUGUCGGUGACAAAACAGGAGCAUGCUGGGCUUACAUCCGUGCAGCUAAUUACUGGCGUGCUAGCGAGUUCCUCCUGCAUUGCACUCCCAAUGAUCCACGCAUUUUAUCGUCGUCAACGGCCAGUGUUGAGGCCUUCGACAAAGGAUGGGUCUUGUUAGAUGCCACUGUCAAGCACUUUGAUAUUCCUUACGACAAAGACAUCAAACUGCCAGGAAGGUUAUACGUUCCUGCUCCUCAACACCGACUACCUGGCAAGAUUCCACUGGUUCUUCAGACUGGUGGUUUUGACUCUACCCAAGAAGAACUUUACUUUUACGGUGCUGCUGGUGCCCUGCCUAGAGGCUAUGCUGUCUUCAGCUUCGAUGGUCCUGGCCAAGGUCUUCCUCUGCGCGUGGGAAAGCUGAGCCUUCGACCAGACUGGGAAUCGGUGGUCAGCCAGGUUUUGGACUUCGUCACGGAUGAAGUCGCUGCUGACUACGAUCUGGAUCUUGAUCGUCUCGCGAUCUUUGGAGCCUCAUUGGGCGGCUAUCUGUCACUACGUGCUUCUGUCGAUCCCCGUAUCAAGGCAUGCGUCUCAUGUGAUGGGCCCUACGAUCUGUUUGAGAUCACUCGCAGUCGUAUGCCACCCUGGUUCAUCAACGGGUGGGUAUCCGGUUGGUUAAGCGAUGGCAUCUUCAAUUGGGUCGUUGACCGCUUCACUGCCGUCAAUUUCCAGAUUGCAUGGGAGUUCGGUCACGGAAAAUGGGUCUUUGGGGUAGAUACCCCCGCCGAUGUCCUCCGUGUGAUGCAGCAGAUAUCGCUCAAGGGCGGUUACCUCUCCAAGAUCAAGUGUCCCACUUUGAUCACUGGCGCGGCAGAUUCAUUCUACUUCACGCCCGACUUGAACUCGAACCCUAUUUUCGAGGAGCUAACCUCCUUGAGGCCCAAUGAUAAGCACUUGUGGAUUGGCAAGGGAGUGGAGGGCGGUGGUUUGCAGGCUAAGAUUGGGGCUCUGGCUGUGGUUCACCAGAAAAUGUUCUCCUGGCUGGACGGUACUUUUGGGAUCAAGCGGGACGCGCUAUGA